AAAGGCGUUCGCCUCCUUAUAAUCGUCCGUCUCUUCGCGUAUACCUUGCUUUGGUGUUUUCUAAGCAAUAGGGGUAGCGGAGUUCCCUUCCGACCUUUCGUUUUCUUUGGCCAGGAAACAUCUCAGCCGUUGAUCUUAGGUGAUCCGGUUAACUUCGUCGAAUUAGGGGCGAGAUCUCGAUUUCUAGUCCGUAAAUCGGUUGAUUUCUGGUGGGCUUUUGAACAUUCAAGCCGUUGAUCUUGCUUGAUCCGGGUUAUCUGUCUUCAAAUUAGGGUUGUUGGUUGAAAUCUGCAAAUAUCUGCCAUCUGGAUUUCUCGUCCUUUAGAUCGGUCGAUUUCUUGAGGAUUUUUAAUCUUUUGUGAGAGAAAAGGAAGGGAGAAGAUGUUCGGGCGAGCGCCGAAAAAGAGCGAUAACACGAGGUACUAUGAGAUCCUCGGAGUGUCGAAUACCGCGUCGCAGGAGGAUCUAAAGAAGGCUUACAGGAAGGCAGCGAUCAAAAACCAUCCCGAUAAGGGAGGCGAUCCUGAAAAGUUCAAAGAGUUAGCUCAGGCUUACGAGGUUCUGAGUGAUCCUGAGAAACGUGAAGUAUAUGAUCAAUAUGGGGAGGAUGCCCUCAAGGAAGGAAUGGGUGGAGGAGCAGGAGGCCAUGACCCAUUUGACAUCUUCCAGUCAUUCUUUGGUGGCAAUCCCUUUGGUGGAGGUGGAAGCAGCCGUGGUGGCCGAAGGCAGAGAAGAGGAGAGGACGUGAUUCAUCCUCUUAAGGUUUCACUGGAGGAGUUGUACAAUGGUACAUCGAAGAAGCUUUCGCUCUCACGAAAUGUUAUCUGCUCCAAGUGCAAGGGCAAAGGGUCAAAAUCGGGUGCUUCUAUGAAGUGUGCUGGCUGUCAAGGCUCUGGUAUGAAGGUCUCAAUAAGGCACCUGGGUCCUUCCAUGAUCCAGCAGAUGCAGCACCCUUGCAAUGAGUGCAAGGGGACUGGGGAAACCAUCAACGACAAGGACAGGUGCCCACUAUGCAAAGGUGAGAAGGUUGUGCAGGAGAAGAAAGUACUGGAAGUUGUAGUUGAGAAGGGAAUGCAGAAUGGACAGAGGAUAACAUUUCCUGGGGAAGCUGAUGAGGCGCCGGACACCAUCACAGGGGACAUCGUGUUUGUGCUGCAGCAAAAAGAGCACCCCAAGUUCAAGAGAAAGGGUGAUGAUCUAUUCGUGGAACAUACCUUGUCUCUGACCGAAGCACUCUGCGGCUUCCAGUUUGCAUUGACCCACCUAGAUAACAGACAACUGCUGAUCAAAUCCAAUCCUGGGGAAGUUGUCAAGCCUGAUCAAUUCAAGGCAAUUAAUGACGAAGGGAUGCCAAUGUACCAGAGGCCCUUCAUGAGGGGGAAGCUCUACAUCCAUUUCACCGUUGAUUUUCCUGAAUCGCUUACCCCAGACCAGUGCAAAGCUCUAGAGACUGUCCUUCCCCCGAGGACCUCAGCCCAGCUGACGGACAUGGAGCUGGAUGAGUGCGAAGAAACGACCCUCCAUGACGUCAACAUUGAGGAGGAGAUGCGCCGGAAGCAGCAGGCCCAAGCACAGGAGGCCUAUGAUGAAGAUGAGGACAUGCCGGGUGGUGCGCAGAGGGUGCAGUGUGCCCAGCAGUGAGCAAGACAGACUUUAACUUCAAAGCUGAAGCUAUGGAGCAAAGUUUCCGCUAUUUUUCAGUGUCACCUGCCUGCCUGCCAGCCUGCCGGAGCACAUCAUUAAUACUUAUAAAACAUCUAAUGCUGGUUUAGUAUAUGAACUAUGCUGCCUUUAGAAUUUUAGGUGGUAUAUAUGAUCUCAAACUGGAGUAGUGGUGCUUAUGGCAUUCUUGGAACUUCAUAUAUGUAUUGGACUCUUUUUUCUGCUUGCCGUUUCCUGGA